AUGAGCAAAGCUCUCUACAAGAACCUUGAUUUCAAAGUGGAGCUCGUCAACCGUCUGCAACAUCUGCAUAGUUUCUGUGGGCUUGAACAUGGCGACGUGUGCGGUGGCAACGUACUCGUGAAGGAUGACUCCCCCGUAUUCAUCGACUUUGAACAUGCCCGGCCGCACGAGUGCAAGCGAACUAUGGCGAUUGAAGUGGGAAAGCCAUGGCCCCAGGCGUUGGAUUUCGGCUGCUUUGAACUGCAUGACGCUGGAAAAUAUUUCGGGGUUUGGGGCCCUGCUAUCGUCGAAUUCCUGGACGAUUGUAUCUCAGUCUACCAGAUCACUUCUCCAAAACGCUUGGUGGAACUAACGUUGCACAACGACUAUAUCGACCCGGAAGAUGCAUUAGAGCAGGCGCAAGAAUUUGUGCAGUAUCUCGUCAACAGAGGGACACUGCCCGAGUCUGUGUUGAUGAAUUCUGAAUAG